GUUACCCCACUGGUAUAAACUCAGCGUCAUUCGUACUACUAGUAACCCGCGAGGUGGUCAAUGCGGAAACAGGUGUUGAACGAUAUCACAGAUAGACGAUUCGAUUGACGGCGUUAUUAGGACGUACUUACGCAACUCGCUAGUACAGAAACGUGCAAUACUAUGACGGUGAAAAUACAAUAGCUGACGAGUUCUCUUUUUGGAAGAAAAUUGGAUCAAAGACAUGACAUGCUUACCUAAGAGCUGCACAACUGCAUGAAGAGACAUGACUCAUAAUGCAUGUGGGAAAGGCUACAUUCCUGAAAGUGUUGUUUCUCAUUGUGGGAGUUGGGAUUUUGUGGAUUUUCUAUGACCAGACGUUACAUCGCCACAGAAAAGGUAGAAUCAAGCUGAAAGACACAGGCCGUCCUGUGCAACAUAUGGUCCAAACCGAUCAUGAUGUCAAGACUCAUGUGCAUGCUUUCAUUCCAAACAAAGACUCUGUACAUCUAACAGUUGAAAAGGAGGCAGAUGUCAGUAUAAAAUCACCUGGGGAGAACAACAGGACUGGAACAUAUCCCCAUGGAUCAUGUAUCAAAGGCUUUAUACAAAAAAAGUUAAGAGAAUUUAUGCUAAGCUUUGACCCUGACAUGCACAUGUUCAUCACUCAGAACUACAGACAGUGGGGUGUGCUGGGUAAAUCCUCGCUCAAUGGACUGCCGUUUGAUUUCUCUAGUGCGAACUUAGUUAGAUUGGACACACUGUUGAAACUUCUCCCCAGCAAUGGCCGACCAGUUAUCAAAAGUGACAAUGGGUGCAGAAGAUGUCUGGUUCUUGGCAGUUCAGGGGUACUUCUGGACAAAGGGCUUGGGCCGGUAAUAGAUGCCUUUGAUGUAGUUAUCAGGAUGAAUGAUGCUCCAGUCAAAGGUUAUGAAAAGGAUGUGGGGUCUCGGACAGACUUUCGAAUUUUUUACCCGGAGAGUUCAACUUUGAACCAGGCCGACCUUGAUUCCAGUGCCUACUAUGUUGUCGUUAUGUACAAGAGUAACGACUUAAAUUGGCUGCAAGCUAUCCUGACCAAGGUAAAACCUACUGGACAUUUUUGGAAGAGUAUUGCGCAGAAGCUGGACAUUGAUCCUGCUCGGUUCCUGAUUCUCAACCCUCAAGUUCUGCAGGUAGCAGCAAGGGAACAUGUCAGGCUACAGGGCAAGUGGCCCACCAUGGGUCUGAUAGCCAUGACCUUUGCCCUUCACUACUGUGAUGAAGUUGACCUGGCAGGGUUUGGGUACGGGUCGUCCAUCCUUAACCAUUACUACGAGCACAUUACCGGAGGUCAGCCUGACGGGGGCACACAACAUAAUGCAACUGCAGAGAAGGACUAUCUCAUAUGGCUGCUACAUGAGGGAAUUAUAGGUCAUGAUUUGACUGGUGUUUAUAAAGAUCACAAGUAGUACUAGUAGUAUAUUGUAUAUGAUAUCUGAAAUACAUCUAUGCAAAGAGGCAAGACAACAAUGUUAUUAUGUAGAGCAUACAUGUAUGUAGAUAAUCUGAAUAAGAAUAUCACAUGAAACAUCUAUUUUAUGCAAAGUAUUUUGAUGAAAUGAGCUUAGUAUGUUGUUUUAAUUGGUGCUAUACUUUCUAUACAGUGUCAUGUACCUUGACUGAGUCUGAGGGCAAAAUGACGUUAUAUGGCCACAUGACAUCUACAUCCUAAUUGCUCACUGUGAAACAGUGGUAACAGUCUUGACAUUUUGAGAUCUACUUUUUAAUUGAUAUCAAAAGAGGUAUAAUAAAUAGAUUACUUUUCA